AUGGCGGCUCGGCGCGCGCUGCACUUCGUCUUCAAAGUGGGCGACCGCGGCCGGAGCGCGCGCUUCUACCGCGAGCUGCUGGGCAUGAGCGUGCUGAGGCACGAGGAGUUCGAGGAGGGCUGCAAAGCCAGCUGCAACGGCCCUUAUGAUGGAAAAUGGAGCAAAACAAUGGUGGGCUAUGGGCCAGAAGACAAUCACUUUGUUGCAGAAUUGACUUACAAUUACGGUAUUGGAGAAUAUCGCCUGGGCAAUGACUUUCUGGGCAUAACACUUGUGUCCAGCCAGGCUGUGAGGAAUGCUAAGAAGAUGGGGUGGCCCCUCAAAGAAGUGACAACGGGUAUUUUUGAAGCUGAAGCCCCAGGGGGAUACAAAUUCUACUUGGAAGACAAGGAACAACUCAAGCAAGAUCCUGUGCUGAAGGUAACCUUGGGUGUCUCCGAUCUGCAGAAGUCUGUUAACUACUGGUCUGAUUUGCUCGGGAUGAAAAUAUAUGAGAAGGAUGAGGAAAAACAAAGGGCUUUGCUAGGCUAUGCGGAUAACCAGUGUAAGUUGGAGUUGAAGACUGUUGGAGGAGCAGUGGAUCACGGGACAGCGUUUGGGCGGAUUGCCUUCUCCUGUGCAAAGGAAGAGUUGCCAAACAUUGAAGCACUGAUGAAAAAGGAGAAUCAGAAAAUUUUAACACCUCUGGUUAGCUUGGACACACCUGGCAAAGCCACAGUGCAAGUGAUUAUUUUGGCUGAUCCUGAUGGCCAUGAAAUCUGUUUUGUGGGAGAUGAAGCAUUUAGAGAUCUGUCCAAGGUGGACCCUAACGGUGACAAGUUGUUAGAUGAUGCCAUGGCGGCGGACAACAGUGACAAAUGGUUUGCUGCGCAAAAAAUGAAGAAGGCUUCUGCUUAGCUGGAGAAAAGGCCUGGACUGCUCAUUCAUGCCUUGGUUUUCGUCAGAAAAAUGCCAAUCCUAUGUAACGUGUUGCAUUACCCCUUCCAGUAAGAGGGCAUAGUAAUGUCCCGUGCUGGUGGAUUUGUUUGAUUUAAGCUUGUGUCUCUUACUUCUGCUCUCUCCUUUCAAGCAAAUAGCAUGUUCUCCUUCAAAAAAAUUAGGCUGUUCGGUAAGGAGCAGGUUGAGCACGUGGCUUCAAAACCAGGGGCCAUCAGUUAAGAGGAAAACCUCACAUUUCUGUGGUGGUGUUAUACUUGAAAAAGAGCUUGCUAGAUUCGUUACGAUAUCUGAUUUUCUAACUAAGUGGCUUUAGCCAGCCUGGAUUUGCAGAUUAGAGAAAAGGUUUUCAGGUUGCUGUGUCCUUGAGUAUCGUGAGUACCCCGCUUCCGUGAUGAAGUGUCAGACUGAAGGGAAGGGCUGUGUACGGAGAACUCAAGCAGUUCAGCUGUCGUAGUGACUGCCUGUUUAUUGGGAACAGAGAAAUUAAUCUUGCUAAAGUAUGUGAAUAUUCUAGUCUGAAACAAACCCUGUUUUCAUUCCAAGAUGUUUCCCCAGCUUUCGAGGUGAAAUCUUCACUUGAGAAGCCCGUGAUGCGUUUCUCACUGGGGUCACGUUAUUGAUGUGGUGGUUUCUGCCCCUUACCAAGCUCCUGCUUGGUAAGCUUACCCAUCUCCUUAUGGCAGCUCAUGGAGCCUUCCACAUUCCAGGCGGGAGCAGGGCCUGUGCUUCAGGACGUGGAGCAGCGCUGCGCUGUCUGCUGAGGUGCCGGAAGGCAACUUGCUAUAAGUAUAUCGUGGUUCUGCAAUUAGCUUUUGAUGAGAAAUUGCCUUUAGAAGUAACAGUUCAGGGUUUAUUCCAGUAGCAAAAGCAGAGCGACUUCAUUCCAACAGAAUAAGGGCUGGGAAUACAGGGAGUAGUUACCAGCAUUGUCCACGUCAGGCACACUGCCUGGUUUGUAAUCUUUCUUGGUUAAGGUUUUCAUCAAGUUUCACGGAGAAAAGCAGGCAAAAUCAGCAGCGUUAGCUGUCACCGAGGCACAUCGGCGCUUGUAGUGAAUAUUCUGAGUUUAAAAAGGAAAAAUUCCUCGCUGUGAUGUUGUUGCUUGAGCUUUUUGAUGCAAGUUCAGUGGCGAUUUUUGAAUCGUGUACCGGUUGAGUUAAAAAUGUCACGCGUACACCGCACCCCUGAAACUGGCGCUGCCGCUUGCCGGUGUGGCCUUUAAACGAAUAAAAGCAAUUGGGGAGGACGGUU